AGUGGCUCCAUGCAUUGGGCUGGGGGUUUGUGUUAUCCUCGCCUCAGCGGUGCUGGGAGGGUUCGCUUCAAAACGCUCCUUUAUUGCAAUGUUAGUGAGAGCAGCGGCACUUCUGAUCAUCGCUCCUUUUCACUUAAUUUUGCAUAGAGCGGGCUGGAUAAACUCAUUUGUUAAAAAUCAGUUUCAAGCUCUUUAGACUUCUCCAAGUGAGUUUCUGAUAACCCUUUAUCCUGACCUGGUUGAUGGUAUGGUCCCUGUUGUGGUGGCCCAGGGCCUGGCAUGAGUGACCAGCUGGGAAACUGGGGAUGAAAAAGACGUGGUGAUGAAAAGAAGUUCAAGAGAGAAAAAGGAAAGCUAAGCACAAGAGGAGAGAAGAGAGGCAGAUAGAUGGAGAUGAGGAACACCCCCCAAAGCAGCAGAAGGAACCAGCUGAAGAACAGCACUGGCCAGAGAAUAUGCCUGAAUGGGAAGAAAGGAAAUCCCUGCUAGCUCAGAGAAGAGUGGAGUCUGUCAGACUGCUUACAGUGCUGUUAAAUCGUGUGAAAUUGGCAAGUCAAAAAGUGGAUCCUUCACUGGAUGUAAAGAAGGACAAUUCAUUUUCUGAAACAGCAUUUAAAGACAUACAGCAGGAGCUGAUUCACUCCCUUUAUCGUACGCACAAAGAGCUGAAACAUAAGGAGUUUAAGUGCCCAUUAACCCAAAAAGGUAGUGCUAUAUGCUGUGAGGAAGGAGAUGUGAGUACCUUCCAUGCACCUGCUUGUCACAUAGUGAGGACAAUUUUAAAUGAUGCCUCUGCAGCCCCGAGCUCUGAUGGACUGCCUGGCAGAGAUGUGUGCAACUCCCUGCUGAUCACGGUCACCCAGCACGGCAGGGACAUCCAGCCUCUCCCUGCAAGGCACCGCCCUGCACUGGACGUAGGUCACACCCACACAGUGUCUGAGCAAGAUGAUUGCAGAAAGCAAAAGGUUUAUGAGACUGAUGAAUUCAUCCAUUAUUUACUGAACUACUAUCAGACACCACACUAUGCACGUGUUUGCUUAGAGCCAAAAACCACUGUGAACAAAUCCCGGUGGAAGCGAGUGGUGUCUGAUGAUGGUGGUGGGUUUGACAGCAGCUUGAGUAACAAACAUGGUCAGCACUUCAGAGAAUUGAGUCCUGUACAAAACCUCCACAAGAGAAAUUGUAGCAGUGAUAGUAAUUACAGGCUGGUGAUCACUCUUGGAGAAUUUGAGUCAACAGACAAAGUGUUAGAAAGCAAGGUCCGUGGGGGCAAGCUUGCAAAAAAGCUGCAGGUGCAGAGGAAUGACUCACUCACUGUUGAUACUAUACCACAUGCUGGACUGAAUCAUUCUUUGGAGUGCACUACUGUUACUCAUAAUGAGGAAUUCAAACAAGAAGAUGGUAAAGAUGAAGGCACUGUACCAUAUGGAACACGUAGAUCUGCUUGCAGAUUAAAGGAUUUGCUGGAAGAGAUCAGUGAUUCUGAGUGCUUUAGAGAGGCAUGUGGCGGCUCAGUGAAGAGAGCAGAAAGAAGGUAUGAAGAAAUUUACAGCAGUUGUAAUAAAGGGUGCUUGUCUGCAAGAGCUGGGGAAAGAGAAUUACUGGUUUGCCAUAAAAAUGUAGCUCUGGAAGGUCAAGAGAAGGAAAUCAGCCAAUGUAACUCCUGUUCUAAUUCUGUCCAUGAGGGCUUGGCAAGGCAGUGUGAACGUAAACUUAAAAAGUCAUGCAAGAGGUCUAGUAGUAAAUUAAGAUAUGAAGGAAAGAAAAGUGAGAGACAAUCCAGGGAAAAGGAGAAAAAUGCUCAUAAAAUGAAGAAAAAGCGAAAAAAGCUUUCUUCUAAUCUUUUAUCUGAUGAAUGUGGCUUUUCAGAGACGGACAGUUGCAUGCAGCUGGAGUCCCUCAGAAAGAUACAGAGAAAAUGUAAGAAAAUGUUGCACAAAAAAGUGAAAUUCAAGACACAUCACACCUCUAUGGCUGCACCAGAUGUUUCCCCUCAUGAUGGCUCACCCCUUCAGGAAACCCUCCAGAGGAGAGGAGAUGAGAGGAAAUUAAUGUUGAGAAGAGAGAUGGAUGCAGAUGUCAGAGGAUGCCCUCUAUUUCCUCUUGAGAUAAUUCAGACAAACCCCUUCUCAGAUACUUUCUGUGGAGGAGAGCCCAGAAGAGGAUGUUGAACAGCUACUGUAUUAUAGCUCUGAAGUUUUUAUAAACAAGUGGGAGAAGAAAGCCCUUUGAUCAUUAAACAAAAUAUGAACUACUGGGUUGGUUUUUGAUUUUUUUUUUCUUACAUCAUUCCUUUGGUUAGAGUAUCUAACUGGUGAAGUGAGCCACAGAAGCAGAAUUUGUGUUUGCCUUUUGGAUAACUUCUGGACCAAAACUUUCCCCAGAGCCAGAACAAACUUUCAUGGACUAGCGGCUAAAGAACUUGAAAGGACACAGACUGAGAUCUUGGAGCAUUACACUUUGAUGGAAUGCAGAGAAUCAUGUAAAUUACAGUAUUUAUUAAUAAUGAGUCAUUGGGAAAAAACCUAAUUGUCAAUCCUAGAGCAAGCAUAUGAAGUGCCUCCUCUAUCAAAUUGUUAUAUUGGUGGGACUGGAAGGUGUGGGGGACAUUUAUACUCAAUUUUGAGAAGUAAUAGAUUUCCAAAUGUGAAAAAGGUCCCAUCUUCUCUAAAACCCACACUAGAAGAAUCCUUGCUUUCUAUUCACAGUUCUAGAGGUGUUUCUGAAAACUUGCUGCAUUUUGGGAGGAUUUCACUGAACUUAUGCUGUGUAGUGCUCCCAGGAAUCUGAAUGGCUGUCUAAGCAAAGCUCUGGGUGUUAGAUAAUGAAAUGGCAGUGCAUCUCAGCCUGCUGACAGUCCCCACGUAAAUGCAGUUGACAGUUCACAAGAUUUUGAAGGCACAUAUAGUGAGGUAGCUGUUUAGUAUGAGUUUGCCUACAAAUGCUUUCCAGGGGAAUUGUGAAAUGUUGUCAGAGUUGUGCUGCAUGUAGAUAAAAAUGGGAAAAUGCAGUCUAGGAGCUUGAAUUAUAUCCAUAUUUAUUCAUCUGGCUAUAUCUAGAAGACAGCCACAAUUGCUUUUGGACAAAGUCCCUUAGCAAGGUACAGAGUUUGAAGUUCAAUUCACUGAUUAUUACAGCUUUCAUUUUAUUAUGCUUUAUUUAUUACAUGUCAGUAGACGAAGUUCAUGUGAAAAUGUUGCCUUCAUUACGUAAGAUCUUACCCAUGUUUGUAAAUUCUGCUCUAAUAAAUAGUAAUAAAAAUGAAUAA